UAUCCACGUUGUUCGAGAUCUCCGUCCAUGUCAAACACGUCUGAGACUAUAAAGCCCUCUCAUUUGAGUAGCGGUUUUUAAUUACUAUCUCAGAUCCUACCUAAAAUGUCGCACUAUUCACCUGUUGUCCACAACGGACCCCCGACACAUCCUGCACUGCAUGUCCGAGACGCCAAAGACGCGCAUGUCGUCCUCGAGGCCGUGCGCCUCAACAUGUUACCGUUGAUCAAGCGGCGACUCACUGCUUCAGAAAGAGAGCAGUUAUCCUCCGGGAACGUCUUCGUCUGGGAGGAAGCUGAGAGCGAUGGAGGACUCCUACGCUGGACAGACGGGCGUAGAUGGUCGCAAAGUCGGAUGCGUGGUGACUACCUGUUCUACGAGGAGAAGAUGGAGACAACUCAGGAAGAGAAAGAUGCUAAAGCUGCUUUGAGAGCACUUCGUACCACUGAUCCACUCGCUGUGGCUCCUCCGACAAACAGAAGAAAGGAUCGUCCUAAUCGUCCGAACGGAUUAACGAAACAAACUUACUCCGCAUUAGUCUAUCUUCCGGGCUCAAGUCUCCCGCGUAAAUGGCAUGUUGUUGCAUACUUCACAGGGGAUGACUAUGUCCGGCUUCCUGUCAUCGAAAGUUACGAUUACCUUCGAAAUUUACGAGUUCCGGGUGGCAUAUUUGUCUCCAGCAAAGCCAGCGGAUCUCGCACCGAUCGCUUCUCUUUCACCACUGAUGGAAUGGACCCAUACAAUUCGGCGGGCCAUGUACAUGGCGGACCAAGUCAGCACUCUAAUUUGCAUGGAAUCCCCAGACGGCCUAUGUCUUCCGCUUCUUCGUCAUCGUCAAUCCCUUUGUCUCCUACCCAGCAUCAUCCAAGUCAUCUGCCGGCAUCGGCUGUUACCAUGAGACCUGGACAUACAGAGACGACCCUACCUAGCAUUUCGAUUUUGACUGAUCAACGUACUGCACCAGAAUUUCGACAACCUCAUUCCCCGCAAUCUGUGCAGCUCGGUCAUCCUUCUCCAACAAGCUACAGUCCCUUAUCUGCAGAGGACAGACGAGUACUCAAUAGCUUCAAAGUCGUGUUAUAGCAUUUCCCCCUCGCCUCUGACGUUGGAAACGUCUUGGUUUGUUGUUAUUUUUCCCCGGACGUUGCAGAGGCCCUGCGUUCGUUUUGUUAAUUUCUUGGAACGGCCGAUAUUUUCCUGACGCAACUUUUAAUAUGUAACCAUCCUCUCCCCGACCAUGUUAACCUCCUGUGACUGACAAGGCGGUGAAGAACAUAUCAAGAGACUCUUAUAUGAUACUCGGUCCUCGGACAAUUUGAAGUCCCGAAUGCCAGAACACAUUUGAGGUAUUGUUCA